UUGCGCAUUAACUGGGAUGGCGUCCGUGGUGUUGCGGCAAUUUCGAAGAGAAUAGUGAGUUUUGAAAAUUUUGACAACGACCUCGAGAAUGGCAGAUAAUCAACAAAGUAGAUUUGAAAAAUCACUAGGCCUAUUAACGACACGUUUUGUCACGUUAUUGCAAAAAGCGAAGGACGGUGUUCUCGAUUUAAAAGUAGCUGCUGAUAUUUUAGAAGUACGACAAAAAAGACGUAUUUAUGACAUUACCAAUGUUCUUGAAGGUAUUGGGCUCAUAGAAAAGAAAAGUAAAAAUAGUAUCCAAUGGAAAGGAGCAGGUCCAGGUUGCAACACUCAAGAAGUUGGCGAAAAAUUAACUGACUUAAAAGAUGAAAUCAGAAAGUUAGAGGAUCAUGAACAAUUAUUAGAUAUGCAUACUCAAUGGAUUCAACAGAGUAUAAAAAAUAUAGAAAAUGAUUUAAUUAAUAGAAAAUAUGCAUAUAUUACAUAUGAAGAUGUCAAGGAAAAUUUUCCUGAUGACUUUGUAUUAGGAAUUCAAGCUCCUCCUGACACAGAAUUAAGUGUACCACACGUAAUGCAGCCCUCUGAAGAUGAAGACAAAGAAAUAAAUUAUGAAAUGUUUUUGAAGAGUAGUUCAGGGGAAAUUAAAGUGUACAUGAUCCAACCAGAAUUAGCUAAAACGUACGAUAAUAAAAUACUAGAGAUGAGGUUACAAGAAGAAACAAAGGGUAUAAAAAGAGUGAAAGAAGAAGAAGAGAAGAAGGAAGAAAGUAAUAUUAAACCAAAGAGGAGAGUUGGAAGGCCUCCAAAGGGAGCUAGUAAACCUGACCCUGUUUUAUCUGAUGAGGAUGAGGAAGACGAUGCUGAGUUAAUAGAAGCAAAAAUAGUACUUCGUGACGUCAGCACAUCAGAUAUUGCUCAAAAAGACUUUGAAUUACUUGACCAAUUUUAUUCAGAUAUUUAUGGUCCAUUAGUAAGAUUAAGUCCACCACCCAGUGAUAAAGAUUAUCACUUUAACCUUAGUGAAAAUGAAGGAAUAUGUGAUUUGUUCGAUAUUGCAGCAAAAUGAGUGAUAAGUUGUAUAGUUUAAAAAAUUGGGUGGUUAUAAUUCAGACUGUGCCAAUCCUAUGCAAAAUUGCAAAACUAUUGACAAUUUCUAAAGGUUGUUCUGUGUAUAUAAUUUUAAAGAAUGGAUGUGGAUAAUAAUCAUUGAAUACAGACAGUAUUUUUUUAUUAUUAGAAAUAGAAAAAUAACACAGAAUUGUAGAAAAAAUGUUUAUAACAGUAAAUUUUGUUGACUCUAAAUUUUAACAAAAGUUUAUAAUCUGUAGUAUACAAUUUAUUUCUAUAAAUUUGCUUGCAAACAUUAUCUUUGUAUACGUACAAAAUAAGCAAAUAUUUUUAUGAAUUAUGUAUUAUAAACAAAUUAGCAUUAAUUCAUUAGCACCGUUUAAUUAAACUAUGUAAUCUUUUAUAAAUGGGUUUAGACAAAAAUUGUUUGAAACAGUAUAAAAAUGUAUAUCUGUAUAAUUGAGUGCACUUGAUCUUUUACAAUUUAUAUAAUAUCACAAAAAUUUAUAGAAGAUGGAUUUGAUAAUUUUGAUAACAUAUUUUCUGUUAUGUGUUACAUGUUAUAUGUUUGUUACCACAGUGAAAAACAUCAAUUAAGUUUGUGAAUAUUAU